AUGUUCAAGAAAAAGCCAGCAAUUAAAACACUCGCUCCUCUCCGCUCAUCGGACCGACGUAAGAUUGCCGAUCAGAUUAUACAGCAGUAUAAGUUACAGCUCCCUGAGGCUCCCUGCUUAACAACCGAAAACGGAGAUUCGACGACACAAACAACCCCGACCACCGCAACCAUCCGCAAUGCCCUCCUCCCAGAGAACACCCAAUCGGGACGUUUUACUACAACGGUGGGCCCAGAUCUUCAGCCAGUUCAAGGAACAAUCUAUGUAGGAACACAUCCUGAAGGAGAGGAAAGAGUUUUGUGGGUUAGACUCGAACAGGGCCCUGGCACCGAUGGCCGCAUCUACCCCACGGUUUAUACGCUAUGGAGCAAUCCCAGGCUCAUUCCGUUGCUACAUACACAAUCUCUGGUGAUGGAUAAGCUGUAUAACGGUGCCGACCUCAUGAUACCAGGUUUAACAAACGGACCGCCAUUUCCUGAAGGGGCGACUAAAAAUGCAGUCGUUGCGGUGGCCGAUAUAGCGAAGCCAAGCGUGCCAACGUUUGUGGGUGUAUGCGAAGUUGACGUUUCUAGCCUUGGUCAGGUACAGGGACUAAAAGGUCAUGCUGUUAAGGGUAUACAAUGGCACGGGGAUGAAUUAUGGAGCUGGAGCUCAACGGGGAGUCCCGGUCAAUCUGCACCGGAGAGCCUCAGCGGUUGGCUCAGUACCCCUGGGGAUUUGGACCAAGCUGUGAAUGAGUUGAAAUUGGAAGAUAACGGCGAGGAUGAGAUUGGCCAGGGUGAAGCGAGUGACGAUGCCGCAUUGAACGUUGAAGAGACAGAUGCACCGGAAGAGCCACAAAAGGAGCCGACAACCAAAGAGAUUGACGAGGCGUUCUUCAGGGCGUUUCUGUAUGCGAUUCACCAACAGAAGGAGAAGAACCCGAGUGAACAGAAUCACGGGCUGUCUUUUCCUAUUCAGCCGUCGUUUGUGAUUUCUAACCUGAUAACCCCGUUUUUACCGGUAUAUACCCCACAGCAAGCUCAGUUUUAUCAAAUUAAAAAGACCUCAUGGAAGAAUGUCAAGAAAUUCGUCAAGUAUCUUGACAAGGAGAGAUUGGUCAAGUCAAAAGAUCGAAGCGGAGGAGAAACGAUAAUCCUGGAUGUUGAUUUUAAUGACAGAAGGGUAGAUAUGUUUGAACCAUACAAGCUUCCGCGAAAGGCUGGAUCAGAGAGCAAACCGUCCUCAAAAGCACCCGCAAAUGCACAGCUAGGGGAGUCUUUCAAUGUCAAGACCAUUUACCGGCCAAGCGGCAAACUUACGCCAGACUUGUUCCCGCCUCUUGCAAACACCGAUAUCAACAAUUACUAUUCGGCGUCUGAUGUGUCAAAACGCCUAAACGACUACCUCUCAUCGCAGCAGCCAUCCAUUAUUUCUCCUUCGAAUCCCCGCAUUAUCCACCUAAACCCAUUCAUCAGCAACAAAAUCCUGUCUUCCAACUCCCAAGCCGACCUGGCCAUUUUGACACGUGGCACAGUGAUGCGGGACGCAUUGCUCAAGAGACUGCUUGACGACCCAUCCCUUUGCGCACCAUAUCACGCAAUCCUGAAGCCGGGUCAGAUUCUGAGGGAUGUAAAACCCAAGGCCGGGGCUCUUCCUAAAGCGUCCGUGCUGAUUGAGCGCCGAACUGGCUCAAAGGUUGUAACGCGGCUGACGGGGCUGGAGACAUUUGGCGUAUCUCCUCAGGUGCUGGGUGAUGAGCUGCAAAAGAAGUGUGCAAGUAGCACAAGCGUGAGUCAAGCAGUUGGAGCAGUUAAAGGGUUAAUGGAGGUACUGGUUCAGGGUGACCAUCGCCGAACAGUGGAGAAAGUCCUUGGUGAUAGAGGGAUCAAACCGCAGUGGAUUGAUGUGGUUGACAAAACACAGAAGAAAGGAGGUGGUGGAAGGUGA